ACUGUUUUUCUCCAUUUUUGAACAAGUGUGAAAACAAUGCUGUUUAAGACAUUGCAAAUCGACAACGCUGCAUUUUGACGCACCAUUUGUCGAAUAUCAGGCCACUAACAUUUUCCAAUAACAUAAAUCCAAUUUAUAUACCGGAUUUUUUGUGUAGUCAGGUUCAGUGAACGACAUACUAUCUAUGCGUUUCUUUUUUUGAAGAGUGUAUUGUGUGAUAUGUGUUCGUUAUAUAGUGUACAUGUAGUGCAAACAUGUCACUCAGCGUAGAUACUAGAUUGAAAAGUUUAUCCAAAAAUUUGCCUUUGACAUCACAGCACAGAGAAAGAUUCCAUUCUCAACAAAAGAGGUCAUAGCUCUAAAAUUACAUAUUUUUUCGACAUUGUGAUUCUUAUGUAGUGCUGAGCAUUAGAUGUUGAUGGUAGUAUUAUGCUUUUGAGGAACUUCAUUCACACGUCACACAAGCUCACCUUACGCAAUCAUCGGAAAAAGACUUGCACAGUUACAUUUUAUGCUGUAAACUAUCUAUAAGGUGGGCAUUUUCGGUUGUGGAUGGAUCAUUGAGGGAUAUUUGAGUCCCGAAAUUGAGAAUGUGGAAUACCACUUUGCAGCUAAUAACAUACCCGAACAGGCGCUUAAAUUUCCAGGCCUCAUGAGUUUCUAAAACGAUACAUUUCACGUCUUUUGACUCUAAAAUUGCUUGCCAACAUCUCACCCAAGCCCCUCAUCCAUGCAUCUGUCAAUGCAGUAGAGAACUGUAUGCAUCAAAACAGUAAAAUCGUCAUUGUAUAUUCAUUGACAUGCCUUUGUCUGUGUCUGUGACGAGUGUCAUCGUAGGCAAGAUACGCAUCCCUUUUCGCAAAAACUGCAUAUAUAUUACAUAAUUUAUAAAAAUAUAAGUUAAUGCAUGACAAAUCACGUUUUUGUAUCAACGCAAAUACUGUGCAAAGAGAACUACGGAAUGUUACAUUCUGUUCUGCUUGUAAAUGGUCGUAAAAUCUUUUGUCCUAUAUUUUUUUUUCUAUAUUUGCAAUAUAUGUGCUUAUCUUGGUGGACGCUGCAGGCUCCUAUAUACUCCCGUUUGUGUUUCUUGUUUGACGGAAAAAACGACCAAUAUAUCAACUUAUUGGAAUGUAUUUCCUGGGACUGGUGGCAGGGGUGUUAGUUUUGCACGUGUAACGGCAGCUCGAUUUGGAGGAGCUUGCGUGUUGAUGCUUUGCUUUUGGGGAAGGCAAGUUAGAAUUUCCUGCCCUUGGUAAAACAUCCGAAAAAUGAGAAAAACAAAACAAAACCCAACAUGGCUUUUGAAAAGGAUGCGGGCAUAGACCAGAACUAUACAAAUUUUGUUACAGAAAUGUACUAACUUAGAAUUUAUAAGUGUUUUUUGGUAUGUUAUGUCAGAGUGUAGAUUGCUUCAUUGCAAUUGUCCCUCUGCCUACUGCAUGACACCAGAGACACCAACAGCUGACAUUAAUACAUAAAACAUUAUAGACAAAAUAUAAAAUUAUAAAAUGAAUACAAUUAAAAACGGGCGUAUUAUCUAUUUCAUUUUAAAUUCCACUUAGUACUUACCGCUUGGUUUGUAAUCAGAACAUGAUCCAAUCUGGAGCCAGAUUUUUUUCAAAGUCAGAUCCCUAACAACUGAGUUCGCUACUUUAUCGAGGAAUUGCCUUCGUGUUAGGCAUCAUGCGAAUCAAGCCAGGACAUUUGUACAUGGAAAACUACUACAGUUUUGUACAACUAUUUCGAUAUUUUCACAGUUGUACUUUUAACUAUCACAGAACUAUUAGAAUACCCACGAAAACGAUAAUAACCAUUGUGAACUAUUGUCUUAAUUGCAGGUGGCACAAGACAAAGUCAUAUUCAGUAACGACAUGUUGUACACAUUGCCAUCCCCUGACAAUGUUACAAGGGAUGUCGUUUGGAGAGUCGACCUCGAGUGUUCUCACCCGCUGCAUGAAAUCGACUCAGUUCAUAUCUACCCCCAACACAACUCAACCAAUCACAUAACAGUAUCCGGGCAGGUCGAGGGAUCUUCAGUACACAUCAGUCUCUUCAAGGAUCCAGCCUACCAGGUUCCCUUUGUGGAAAGUGUACACAAGGCACAGCUCGGACAGCCGAUAUUUGUCCAAGUGUCAAGUCCACUGUCUAAAAACACAAUCAUGAUUAUCAACACAUGUCAUGCCCACCUGACGAAUGAUUCAAGAAACUCCGUCUCUCACAUCUUGAUAGAAAAUGGUUGUCCAGUGGACGAGAGAACAAAGAUGUUGGUAUCAAGGUACCAGAUGAUAAGAUUCACCUUUGACAUGUUUGAUCUGCCGGAUGAGGAUGAGGACAAGGGUCUCUACGUCACAUGUAACGUCACGUUCUGCGAUCAGAUGGACUUUUCACCCAACUGCCAACAAGGAUGUCAAACUCACCCUCAUGUUGGUAUUAUUGGCUAGGGAUAAACCGAAUGACUGCACACAACAAACUUACUUCUAACCCAUAACUUGGUGUGAAGCUUCGAUCUCCUUACCUGCUAGAAACAUUUAGUCCUUGGUUCGAAUCCCCAAAUCGUUACAAGAAUGAGCCUUGGUUUAUCGUAAUUGUUAUAUUUUUUCCUUCGUUCACAUUAUCAAAGUGAUAGUCGUUUACGGACCAGGUCACUUUGAGUUUUCCUCUCAUGCUGAGCUGCACAGCCUUUACAUAAAUAACCCAAGUACUAUUCAUCGUUGUGUGAAACUUCGAUUGAAUUACUAACUCCGAUACAAAAAUAUCCUUAACUUUGUUUGAAUGACUAACUCUUGGCGAAACAUAUAAUUGAUGAAAAAGGAAUAUUAAUGCAAUGAGUCAUUUCUUUCUAGAUUACGUAAUUGAUUUAUAUGCUGAUUGGUGCGGGGAACGCAUUAUGUGUGAGUAACGUUUAACAUAUGGUGUAGGAUAAUUGUAUUUGGCUCAAAGGAUGUGGUGCUUUUAACAAUGUUAAACAGGGUGAGCAGAUCAUUUGCCCUUCAUUCUAAUUGUUGUUUUGAAAUGUGCAACACUUAUAAUCAACCCAAUAUCUCUACAACUUCUUUGUUAAUGUAGAAAUUAUACAAUGAAUUUGCGUGUAUUAUAUUUAUUUUAUUAUUGAAUGUGUUUAAUGAGCAGAAUAAUUGUAAGAAUA